CUGCUGCACACUGUUUCAUUUGAUCGAUUUGUCAGGUCUGAAAUAUUUUUGACAGUUCUAUUUUUUCUGCUUUUCACACAGGCAGGGGCUCGUUCUUACAUUUUUAAGCUCAUGUGCUCUUCUGAACAGACGGUUGUUAAAUACUAUCUUGUCGGAGGGGCAUGGAGGUCCCAGCUGUAGUCACAGUUCGCCUCAUCAGGUCGUUUGAACAAAGAAACUUCAAGCCUGUAGUUUUCCAGCAGGUCAGCCUGGAGCAGACCGUCCAGGACUUCAUGCGCUGUGUGAGAACCGAUAUUGCCACAAGACCAGGACUUCCUCCUCCUUUCAGAAACUAUGGAUAUGACACCAUGAAGAUAAUUCACCAAGCUCAUGGAGCAAAGACAAAUGAGUUGGUAAUGAGUUUAGACGACGAUGAAAAGCUUAUAUUACAAGAUGAUCAAACCCUCAAAGCUGCUGGAGUCGCUAAUGAAACAGAAGUGGGUUUUUUCAGAAAAGAUGAUUAUGUUUAUUACAAAGCAAACCCCAAGUCUUCAUGGUGACCCCAGCAAGUAACGUUACAGCAGGGUUCCUCUGUAAAGGACUGGCAGAACAUCAACAACCAGAACCAUUAUUAUAACGAAAUGUUAUUUAAAAGUUGUUUUAUUUAAUGCAUGUUCCAUGACAUUGUGUCAUUGUUUUCUCUAUUUUGCUGGCCAGCCUUUGAUGAUUGUAACCGUUGAAAGAUUUUAGUUGUGAAUGGUAUUUUUUUUUAGAUAUGUAGAAUAUGUAGAAUAAAAUCUGUUUUUGUGUUACAAUUUAAAGACAGUAGUAUUGUACUCAAUUGUUCUACGACUUUGUAAAUAUCCAAUUUCUAACAAGUUGUAAUAUAUUCAAGUUUGAAUGGAUUUAACUCUCUUAACUGUAAUAAAGGGAAAUACAGUAAA